AUUUUCCUCCAAAGAAAAACUAAAAAGUUGUUACACAAAAAUCUAAUAACACCCUUUUUUUUUCAAUCUUGUUUUCCAAAUUCACACAUUUCAAAUCUUUCUUUCUGAAUCCCCCCCAGGAGGUAUGGGGAAGAUAGAAAAAAAUAAUAAAAUGAAAACAAUGUUAGCAUCAUCUCAACAUUUUCUAUCAUCCUUUUCUAUCCUCCUGGUCAUUUUGUUGGCCUUUUUCACUUGUACUAUUUCUUCAAGUUUCAUUCCAAAAGAUAGUUUUCUUAUUGAUUGUGGUUCUGAAAAUGUAGUCACUUUACCUGAUGGAAGAACAUUCAAAUCUGAUCCUCAAGCUAACUCAUUUUUACAAGCUAAUGAUGAUUACAAAGUUUCAUCAAAUGAUAAUAGUGUUAAUCUUCCUUCACCUAUUUAUUCAAAUGCAAGAAUCUUCAUUCAAGAAGCUAAAUAUUCUUUUCAUUUAGUUCAACCUGGUUUUCAUUGGAUUCGUCUUCAUUUCUAUCCAAUCAAAAACAAUGUCUUUGAUCUUCAAAAAGCAACUUUUUCUGUCAAUACAGAAACUUUUGUUCUUCUUCAUAGUUUCAAUGUUAAUAAUACUGAUAAACCAAUCCUCAAAGAGUAUCUCAUCAAUGCAACAGAACCACAGUUAACAAUAUCCUUCAUUCCUUUGAAGAAUUCGGCCGCAUUUAUCAAUGCGAUCGAGGUUGUUUCCGCUCCUGAUAACUUUCUAUUCGAUAGCGGGUCGGGACUAUUUCCGGUCGCUGAUGUGACUGGUCUAACAACAUAUGCUUUCCAGCCUGUUUAUAGGUUGAACAAUGGAGGACCAUUGAUUACUUCAUCAAAUGAUACACUUGGUAGAGUUUGGGAAUCUGAUGAAAAUUUUUUGACUAAUAAGAAUUUGGCUAAGAGUGUUUCUGUUGCUACUAAUGCUAUUAAGUUUCCUUCUGAUAUGCCGACGAUAUCGCCUUUAAUUGCGCCACAAACUGUUUAUGCUUCUGCAACUGAAAUGGGGGAUGCUGGUGUUAACAUGCCAAAUUUCAAUGUGUCAUGGAAAUUUGAUGUUGACACAAGUUUUAGUUAUCUUUUAAGAUUGCAUUUUUGUGACAUUGUGAGUAAAGGGCUUAACCAACUUUACUUUAAUGUUUAUGUGAAUGGAAAAAUUGCAAUUCCUAAUUUGGACUUAUCAGCUAUUAAUGGUGCAUUAUCAACACCAUAUUAUAAAGAUAUUGUUGUUAAUGCAACAUUGAUGACACAAGGAUUAACUGUUCAAGUUGGUCCUGCAAAUGCUGAUGGUGGAAAUGCUAAUGCAAUUUUGAAUGGUAUUGAGGUUUUGAAGAUAAGUAAUACUGUUAACAGUUUGGAUGGUGAGUUUGGUGUGGAUGGAAGGAGAGUUGGUGGAUCGAACCGCGGCACGGUGGCAGCGGUUGGAUUUGCAAUGAUGUUUGGUGCAUUUGUUGGUCUUGGUGCUAUGGUGAUUAAGUGGCAUAAGAGGCCACAAGAUUGGCAAAAGAGGAAUAGUUUCUCUUCUUGGUUGUUGCCUUUACAUGCUGGUGAUACAAGUUUCAUGAGUAGUAAGACUUCAAUGGGAAAAAGCAAUGUUUUCUCAUCCUCAAUGGGAUUAGGAAGGAUAUUUUCAUUUGCUGAGAUACAAGAAGCUACUAAGAAUUUUGACUCAAAAAAUAUUAUUGGUGUUGGUGGAUUUGGUAAUGUUUAUUUAGGUGUGAUUGAUGAAGGGACACAAGUUGCUGUUAAGAGAGGAAAUCCACAAUCAGAACAAGGGAUUAAUGAAUUCCAAACUGAGAUACAAAUGUUGUCUAAGCUUAGACAUAGGCAUUUGGUUUCAAUGAUUGGUUAUUGUGAUGAAAAUGAAGAAAUGAUUUUGGUUUAUGAGUAUAUGCCUAAUGGUCAUAUGAGAGACCAUCUUUAUGGUAAGAACAUGCCACCUCUUUCUUGGAAGCAAAGGUUGGAGAUAUGCAUCGGAUCAGCGAGAGGUCUACAUUAUCUUCACACAGGAACGGCGCAAGGAAUCAUUCAUCGCGAUGUCAAGACGACAAAUAUUUUGCUUGAUGAGAAUUUCACUGCAAAGGUUUCUGAUUUUGGACUUUCUAAGGACGCACCUAUGGGACAAGGUCAUGUUAGUACGGCUGUGAAGGGUAGUUUUGGUUAUCUUGAUCCAGAGUAUUUUAGGAGACAACAGUUGACUGAAAAGUCUGAUGUUUACUCUUUCGGAGUAGUCCUGUUGGAGGCAUUGUGUGCAAGGCCGGCUAUCAACCCUCAGUUACCUAGAGAACAAGUUAACUUGGCUGAUUGGGCUAUGCAAUGGAAAAGAAAGGGUUUGCUUGAUAAAAUUAUUGACCCUCUUCUUAUCGGUUCGAUUAACCCCGAAUCGAUGAAGAAGUUUGCUGAGGCCGCCGAGAAGUGUUUGGCGGAUCAUGGUGUUGAUAGACCUUCAAUGGGAGAUGUUCUUUGGAAUUUGGAGUAUGCAUUGCAACUUCAAGAAGCUUUCACACAAGGAAAAGUUGAGGAUGAGACUAAAUCUUCUUCAGCUGUUGUUCUUCCUACUACUACACCUCCCACUGUUACUGAUGAUCCCCCAUUUGCUUAUCUAAAAGUACAUAAUGGUCCAGCAGAAGUUCAAGCUAUUGAUGAUCAUUCAGGAACUGCAAUGUUUGCACAAUUUAGUAAUCUUAAUGGAAGGUGAAAAAUGACUUCUACAAAGUUGAUUCAUGUGAAGGAAGUGUUAAAUUAAUAAUUUUUUAUGAAGGUGGCCAAAUAAAAUGUUGGUGUAUAAUGAAUGGUGUGUGAUACUAAUGUGUGGUGUGUUUUGCAUAUUAUGAUUUGGAGUAUUAUUAUGUUACAUGGUAGAAAUUUGUAAUACGAUUAUAUGGUAUUUUUAUUACCAUUAAUCAUAUUAUUGUAUUAUAUAAUUGAUUUGUAAUGUAUUGUUAUGUAAAUUUUAGGGAGUGAUUUUAGAAGCAAGUUUAAGGAAA